CCAAAACAAAUAAAAUCAACGUCCAGGCAAAGUUUCUCAUCCGCCGCGUCCGCAAACCAGGAACCCAACUCACAUCAUCCCACCACAGUCGACCCGUCGCACGCGCAUCGCUCCCUAUCUUCCCAUCUCUCGCUGCUCCCCUUACGCCAUUGCAAAGGUCCCCGCUCCGUGUGGACGCGAGCGAGAGGAAAGGCAAAGGAAAAGGGAAAAAAAAGAGAAGCUUCGCUGCUUGGCCCUUACGCAAUCAGGCGCCAGGAGACAAAGCACAGGAAAGAAGGAGGUAAAAGGGAAAAAAAAAGAAGGCAAAUAAUAUAAAAAGAAGGAAUAGGAGUGACGAUGGUCUCGACGCGCAACCACCCGAAGAACUUCCCCCCGCCCGACCUGUCGCCUACCAAGGCGUCGCCGAGCAAGCGGGCGGCGCGCUCCUCGACCGCGGUGACGGAGGACGCGCCCGCGGACGGCUCGGUGGUGUCCUCGCCGCGGCCGCGCGCCCGCUCGAUCGCCACCACCUGGUCGCACGCGCCCACGGGCCUCACCCAGCUGUGGCUGCUCGUCAGCGUGCCGCUCGUCGUCUGGGACACGGGCUACAUGCUGGGGCGGCCGCACACGAUGCCCGGCGGCCGCCUUCACUGGCCGCUGUACGUGCCGUACGCGCUGUACGGCACCGUCGACUACGUCUACGGCUUCCCGCACCUCGACCGCCGCGAGGGCUUCGGCCCCGCCCAGGCCCUCUGCAACGCGGUCGAGACGGUCAUGUACCUCGUCUACGCCUACCUCGCCUUCCGCUACGGUCGCUCGGAGACGGCCGUACCCGGCUCGGGCCUCUCGCUCGCCAGCCUCGGGUUCGCGCCCCGGAAGAUCGUCGGGCGGGAGGCCGGCCUGGCGGCGCUGCUUGGCUUUGCAGCGGCGGUCAUGACCUUUUGGAAGACGGUGCUUUACUGGCUGAUCGAGUUCUACAACGGAUUCCAGAACAUCGGGCACAACCCCAUCGAUCGCCUUAUCCUGCUGUGGAUCAUUCCAAAUGGCGCGUGGCUGGUAGGCGCCGGCUACAUGAUGUACGCGUGCGGCUCUGACAUUCUGCGAGGCCUGGAAAUGGCAGCAGGUUUGCCCCACAAGAAGGAAGUAUAGAAGCGAGCAUGCGUCUAGCCUCAAGGCAGACAAACGUGAGAUCUCAUCCCGCGUAUAGCUCACCCCCAUCUGGCGUAUCUUCCGCACGGCAACUCCCUGUUCAGGCAAAUGCAGGAUUGCUCAUGGGCUGGCCCUGGCUUUUUAUUCAGUUUUUGAUGGACGACGUGAAGACGCUACUCUGUUUGAAGCCAAGACAAAGAACACUUGAGAUUCUCCUACAAUCGCUGAUACCCAUUUUCGAGUUUUUGCCAUGGUCGGUCCAUUUCUAGCAGACGGGGG